AUGACCAUUGAAAUCUGCAAAUUGCUGUACAUGGAUACUGAUAGUUUUAUAUAUGAACUAAAGUGUAAUGAUGUGUAUGCAGAAAUGAUAAAGACCGAUAUUUCUAGAUUUGAUACAUCCGAAUAUGUUGUGGAUAAUAAUUAUUUGAUCCCUCAGGCAAAUGAAAAAAAAUUGGGUUUUUUAAAGGAUGAGGCCAAUGAAAAAAUCGUAACUCAUUUUGUAGGGUUACGUUCGAAAAUGUAUACUAAUAAAGUACAAGGAGGUAAGGUUGUAAAAAAGUCCAAAGGGGUGAAAACUAAUUUUGUGAAAAAUAAAAUUGGUUUCGAAGACUAUUUGGCUUGCUUGAAAGAGUUUUAA